GCCUUAGGGCGUGUCCAAAAUUUCACAAGUGGCUCAACCGGAAAAGUGAGUCAGUUUUAGACAACACGACCGAACCACAGAAAGCUUCAGCACACCACUAGCUCUGCCGACGCACAGAAAGGACAAAAGAUGAAGGUUCUGGUAACAGGAGGCACCGGGCUGAUCGGAAAGGCUAUUCGCCAUGCGGUGGAAGAGAACCCAUGUGACGGGGAAGAGUGGGUCUUCGUGUCGUCGAAGGAGGCAGAUCUCAGAGACCCGAAGGCCACCAAGGCCCUUUUCGAGAAGCACCGUCCGACCCACGUCAUCCAUCUAGCGGCAGAGAUGGGGGGAAUGAUCCGCAUCUCACAACAUAACGUCGAGUUUCUGAGGAACAACCUCCUCAUCAAUGACAAUGUGCUGUACAACUCACACGCCAUGGGCGUGAAGAAGUGUAUGACUGCUCUCACCAGCGCCAUCUUCCCUUGUGAGAUCCAGUACCCAGUGGACGAAACAAAUGUGCAUGACGGCCCACCUCAUGAUUCUGUUUCUGGCUACGCCUGGGCCAAACGGAUGGUGGAUGUGCAGAAUAUUGCAUACAACAAGCAGUACGGGUGCAAGUUCACGUCUGUAGUGCCCAUCAACCUCUUCGGUCCGUACGACAACUUCAGUCUUAAGGAUGGAAACGUCAUGCCUGCCCUUAUACACAAGGCUUAUCUGGCCAAGAAAAAUGGAGAAUCUUUGCCAGUUUGGGGAUCGGGAUCAGCGAGGAGGCAGUUUAUGUACUCUCACGAUUUGGGGCGGUUGAUGGUGUGGGCAGUGAAGGAGUAUGAAGAGACUGAGCCAAUCAUACUUGCAGUCGGAGAGGAAGACGAGAUUUCCAUCAAAGAGGCUGUAGAACUCGUGGUGGAGGCAAUGGACUUCCAGGGAGAAGUCGCCUAUGACACCACGAAGUCUGACGGACAGUUCAGGAAAACCUGCAGCAAUGAGAAGCUGAGGAAAUACCUGCCUGACUUCAAGUUUACUCCCAUCAAACAAGCUCUGAAGGAGACUUGUGACUGGCUCGCAGAGAAUUAUGAGGAAGCUAGGACUGAAUCAAAACCUUGAGAUUUGCCUAGUUGGAUAACAUGUGUGAUGUAAAUCACAUAGUGCUGACAGUUAUGUUAUGAGCUAUCCAAUUGUUUGGGAUAUUCUAGUAAUGGGGAUUUGUUUAAUGAUGAUCUCUCAAAGAUAAUGAUUAAGGAAAGAAAAGGGUUUGUAAGGUGAUUUCUGUCCAUGGUGUAUAUAUUCUAAGGUUUACUUUUAAAAAAAUGAAAUAAUAAAACAUAUAAGAAUGGUCGUAAUGUGUACAAAUAUAUUGCAUCAUGUUAAGAUGCAAGAAAUACAUGUAAGUAAUACUGCAUAACGCUGUAAAAUGUGUUCUUAAGGAUAAAGCCCACAUACUGUAAGGGCAGAAUAAAAUAUGUACUUCAAUACAUUUAAUUUUAGGUAUACCAAAUACCAAAUAUGCUCUGUGGAAUUUGUAGAUGCCCAUUGUAAAAAUAACCAGCUUGGCUUAUUUGUAAAAAAAAUGUCAUGUUCAUUUUUUCUCAAUAAAGAUCAUUUACAUCCCAAUUAAA